GCGACUGAGAUUUUUCCCCCAAAAAGCAUGUCGAAAUUGUGGGCGAGGUUUGCAGGUUUAUUCAGCAGCAAGAAUUUUGUAGGGAUUGAUAAAGUAGGCAAUCGCUAUUUUAAAAAUAUAGAGGAGCUUGAUGGUGUCAUGAAGGAAAAGAGAUGGGUGACAUUCAAAGGAGAGGAAGAUCCAACCUCCAUUCCAGUUGAAUGGAUAUGUUGGUUGAAUGGGCAACGUAAGAAUGCUCCAACUCCAGAGGAAAUGGCUGAGUUGGAGGCCAGAAGGGAAUUUGUUAAGCUUAAUAUUGCUCGUCUCAAGAAGGAAGAGGAGGAAAGAAUGGCCAAAGAAGGCAAGAGGAAAGCCACAAACAUCGGUAAAGCUGAUGGUCCAGAUUUAAAGAGUUUUGUUCAACAAUUUCCAGAUGCUUCAAAAGGUGAUACAGCCGCAGAAGCCUCUGAUACACGGAAUGAAAAAAGGUCGUCAGAGCCAACUGGUUCCGGUGAAUCCUUUAGACCAGGAACAUGGCAACCUCCUACCUGAGAACACUCAGACUCAACGGGAGCCUUUAGUUUUCUCUUGAUGUUCUAUUUUAAGGACAUCAGAUGACUGCAGAAGUUGAAUACAAGGAAUUAACGCCACACACUGUGGCAGUCUCAUUCUUUCUCCUCACGGAUGUUUGCCCCGAAUUAUUGUUUCUGUCCUUCCUGUUACUUCUUUCAGGGUCUUUCCAUUUUUGAUAGAACUACACCAACUUUUGGAUGAGAAAUCCUCAAUUGUCAAAUCUGCACUAUGCUCCUUUACCCUU